AUGUUUUGCAGCUGUAGACUGAUAAGUUUCCUUACAGGAGGGAGAUGCCGUGAGGCUCUUGGAAUGGAAAACGGAAAGAUUGCUGACGACCAAAUAACUGCUUCCUCUGAAGGGGAAGCCUAUCGAGCCGUUAAUGGAAGGUUACAUUAUAUCACUCCACAAGGAAGACCAUUCGGUUGGCAACCUAAAAGCACAAGCUGCAUCAGUGAAUGGCUGCAAGUUGACCUUCUUCUUGACAAUUACACAAUAACAGGAGUAGCAACACAAGGGUGCAGAGCUCGCACGUCAAAAUCUGUUUUAAGUGUAACCAAAUACGAACUAGAAUACAGCAAUGAUAGUAAAAUGUUUUAUACCGACCAUAGGGUAAGCUUAUUUCGUUUUUCUUAUAAGGAAAUCCCAAUGCUUAUAUAUAUUUCUCUAGAGUUCCACAAAGCUGAAAUACUUUUCUCUAAACGUCUGAAUUAGGUGAAAGUGCCUCUUUAGGGGACAGAAAAGCUUGUUUUUUAUAUGAUCCGCCAUUUUUGUUUUCACAACCAAAACAACUCAACCUCAUCCCCAGGUCUUCUCGAUUAACGGGGCAUUAACCUGAAAGGAAGCUGCACUUUUGACGUCAUCGGUUGAGUAAUCGCAAAAUUCUUCCAAAUUUGGUCAUCAGUGGCUGGUUAUGGUGAAUUAUGCAUGUGCUUUUAGCCAAUCAGAAUCGGGUUAAUAUUUUAAAUGAAUAAUAAGCGUAAUUAGUGCACCGAUCCUGAGGUAACAGUUGACUUUCUCUGUUUGAAUCUGAAUGUUUUUCAAUAUCAGCAUUGUUAAUGUUUAUUUCCGUACACUAUGUUUCUAUUUACUUUACCAAAGUACGUUAGAAUAAUUACUGGAUGACACCGUAAUACCUCUUCCAUAAAACAGAGGAGAAUAUCUCAUAACAUGUGACUUAUCUAUGUUCUCUGGAUUCUCUAAAAUCCUGUUUUCCCUAAAAUUAGUUAUAUACCGGAAACACCGACGAGGACACAGUCGUGUAUCAGACCUUGAAUACACCAAUGAAGGCUCGCUACGUUCGCUUCCAACCAAAAUUUUGGAAAAAUGGGAUAUGCAUGAGAGUGGAGCUCUAUGGCAAAAUCACAACAGGUACUUCAGUUAUGUAA